AUGUUCGUGUAUUUCGUUUCAUUUCUAUCUAUAAUUCAUGUUAGUAAUGGAUUGUCAAGUCCUCUUACAACAUUUACUACUUAUCAACAUUCAGUUGAACUUCAAAGUACUGUAGCAGAUCUUUGGUGGACAGUUAAUGAGACGAACCAAACGAUUUUCUUUGAAUUACAUGUAAAUACAACAGGAUGGAUUGCAUUAGGUAUUAGUCCAGCUGGAGGAAUGACUGGUGCUGACAUAGGUGUUGGAUGGGUUGAUCAAUCUGGGAAAGUUACAUUUCAAGAUCGAUAUGCAUAUACAUUUGCUUUACCUGUUCGAGACAAUACAACUGUUGAUUGGUUUGCUACCCAAGGACGUGAACAGAAUGGUUGGACUGCAAUUCAGUUUCAUCGUUUACUUGAUACCUGUGAUUAUAUGGAUGUUGCAAUUAAAUCUGGUACUAAUACUCUUAUAUUUGCCUAUGGUCUUGUUGAUCCUAGUGCAGCUACAUCGAAUGAUAUAACAUAUCAUGAAACUCGAAGAGGUUCAUAUACACUAUCUCUUCGAUCUUACGAUGAUCCACCACCGGAAAGUAAAUUUGCUGGAAUGAAUUAUUUCGAUUUUCAAACAAAGAAUUAUUCAAUUCCACUAGCUGCUACAACAUAUCUUUGUACAGUAUAUAAAGCACCAGCUAUAUAUACUACAAAACAACAUGUCAUAGCUCAAAAGAUUGUACUUAAUUCAACUAAUCCUGCAAUUGUUCAUCAUUUAUUAAUGUAUGAAUGUGAUCCUACAACACAAUUUAAUGAUUCGAAUUUACCGAAUGAUUUAUGUGAAAAUCUUCUUAAUAAACUUAGUAAAUGUUUAGCAAAUAUUGCAACUGGUUGGGCAGUUGGUGGUGAUUUCAUGUCUGAAUUUCCUCCUGAAGCCGGUUAUCCUGUUGGUGGAAAUUUUUCAAUUAAAUAUUAUGUCCUUCAAAUUCAUUAUAGUAAUUCUAUUGGAUGCACUAAUUGUGUAGAUAAUUCAGGCAUUCGAUUUUAUGUAACUAAUCAACUUCGACCAAAUGAUAUUGGUUAUCUUACAUUUGGUACUGAUACAACUUCAACUAGUUUAACUAUUCCUCCUGGUGUUCAAAGUUUUGCAGUAGAUUCUUAUUGUCCACUGAAUGCAAGUCUACUUUUUCCAACAAGUGGAAUAACAGUUUUAACUGCAUUUCCUCAUGCACAUUUACAAGGAGUGAGUAUUUGGACAAAAUUAAUACGGAAUAAGACAGUUGUUGAGUAUUUAUUUGAUGCUGAAGUGUUUGAUUUUAAUUAUCAAUUUAUAAAUCAAUUACCUCAACGAAUACAACUUUAUCCAGGUGAUGAAUUUGCUACUCGUUGUAUGUAUAAUACAAUGAAUAAAAAUAUAACUACAUUUGGUGGAGAAAGUACAACAGAUGAAAUGUGUCUCCAUAUGUUUACAUAUUAUCCUCGAGUUAAUAAUCUCUAUGGAUGUAUAACAGUACUGAAUCCAGCAAGUUGGGCAAAUUUUUUAAAAAUGAAUUCUACUUUUAAUUCAACUACUCUUGAACAAAUUGCAGCUAAUAUUAGUUGGACAACAAAUUUAAGAACUCAAUGGCAAAAUUUUUAUAAUAAUGCUUCACGUGUUACUGUAUAUGGUACAUCAGGAAACAUGAGUAAGAUAUUACUACCUAAAAUACCAUAUUAUGUCGAUUUAGCACAAGAAAAUUGUACUGUGCAAAAGUAUGAUUCACCUAUUAGCGGUGCAUGUAUUGGUAAUUUCGUUAUAUGGCAAAUACUAUUGAUUUCUAUUGUACUUGUUUCAUUUUCUAAUAAAAAUCACCAUUAA